AUGGAGAGGGUGCAGUACCAGCUCGAGCGCUCCAUCCCGCAGCUCCAGCUGCUCGAUGAACACGCCGUCUUUACAAAGGAGCAGCUCCGCUCCAUCACCACGCAACGACAGACUUUUGAGGCACGCCUCCUGCGCAGAGGACCCGAGAAGCUCGACUUUCUCCGCUAUGCCGAGUUCGAACGCAACCUCGCCGACUUGAUCAACGUCAAGGCCAACCGCAUUGGCUUGCCUCGCUCCUUCCACCGCGACAAUGCCGCCGCCCACACCGGCCACAUCGUCGCCAUCUACGAGCGCAUGGUGCUCAAAUUCAAGUACGACGUCGAUGCGUGGCAGCAGUACAUUGCGUUUGCAAAGAGCCGCAAGAUGCGCGUCGUCACCGGUCGUGUCUAUGCGCGCGCCUUGGCUCUGCAUCCCAACAACGUGCCGCUCUGGCUCGCCGCCGCCGCACACGAACUCAACGACAAUGCCUCCACCACCGCCGCUCGUUCCCUUCUGCAGCGCGCCCUGCGAUUGAAUCGUCUGCCCUGGAAGCGAUCCGACGUUGGUGCUGCUUCGUCUGCAAAUGGCAAACGCGCUGCCGCUGAUUCCGCACCAGACUCGAGCAAGCGUGCGCGAACCGACAGCUCGUCGGCACAGAACGCCAACAGCGCCUCGGACUCGGGCCCGGCCGCGCUCAAAGUGUCGGACCGCGAAGCCGACCUGUUGCGUCUGUGGGUGGAGUACAUCCGCAUGGAGCUCGUCUUCAUCGAGCGUCUCCGCCGCAGGUGGCUCGUGCUCGGUCUCGAAUGGGAGUCCCAGAGCAGCCACGAUGACGCCGCAGCCUCAUCCUCCAACGACACCGCCGAAGCACAGCAGGCUGCACUCGACCUGGACACCGACAUCGCCACUGCCAACACAGCCAGCCCCGGCGAGCUCGACGCCGACCAGGAACGCAUACUGCUCAGCCAGGUCCCACAGAACGACGCCGACGCCCAAGCCGCUGCCGAGGACGCCGACGCGGCCACAGGCGCAAAGCCCAACACGUUCACACCUCGCAAGAUGACCACCAUCCCUCCUGCUCAGAUCGGCAUCCUGCGCGGCAGCAUCCCGCUCUACCUCAUUGGCAGUGCGCUCGAGUCGUUGGCGCCGCAUCUGCACUUUGUCCUGCUCGUCGCGCUGCUCGACGUGCUCCAAACCUUCCCCUUUGCAGAGCCGCUCAGCCUCGACGCGCCCAAGAGCGGCGAGGCGCUGCGCAGGCGACUGCUCGACCAGGUCUACACACAUCUUUCCGAUCGCCAGCGAUGGGGCUGGCACCACUUUGCACCCGCUGCGCUCGUGGCGGCCUUGCGCUCCUUCCGCCCCGACACGACGACCGGUGCAGACGCGGAUGAGCGCACUGCGGCACACGUCGCCAACACCGAGGAGAUGGAGUCGCAUAGGCUGCUCACCUCGGCCAGCCACCUGCGCACCACCUUCUCCAACGAGACCGAUGGCCUGCUCGAACUCGCAUCGCAGCUGCGAAGCGGAUCCGCCGCGGCGAGACGCGCACCAGUGUCUGCGUCGGUCUCGUCAAGCACACUGGCGGUACAGCUCGUGCUGCAGCUGCUGCAGUCGCUGCUGACGGUGACGGUGGGCAGCGGCACGAGGCCGUCGGCAUCGUACGAUGCGCUUGCUGCAUCUGGCCUGCUCCCUGUUGCCGUCAGUGAUGCCGUGAAGCAGAUGCGAUCGUGGUGCACCGAGGCACCCGUUGACAUUUCCGCGCGCAAAGGCACCAGCGCCAAGGCGGAGUUCUACACCACCACGUCGCUGCUCGUCGAGAUGCUAGCCGACUCGCAGCGUUCGGCGAUCGACGAGCCGAACCUGGUGCAGUACCUCGACUCGGUGCAGACGCAGUUGAUCGCCGAAGCGCGCGGUGCGGGUGCGGGUGUCGAGACUGCGCAGAUGCGCGCGGUGAGCGUGCGCCGGCAGCUGGAUACCGCGCUUGCGAUCGAGUCGGACAAGGAGCGCAGCAAGAAGCUCGGCAAGCUGCAGACACAGAUCAAGCAGGCUACGACGGGCGAGUUUGGCGCGAGUGACGAGCUGUGGAGUCUGCGCAUCCUCGUUGCGACGCAACUUGCCAAGACGUCCGGUGCGGAGGUCGAGCAGAGCCGCAACAUGAUCGGUGCCGAGUGGCGACGUGGGCUGCAGGCGUGUGCUGGCGCCGACGGCUCGACGGGUGCGGCGGAAUCGAGUCUGUGGGCGCGCUACCUCGAGUGGCUCUAUCGCGGCGUUGCCGAAGCCCCACACAAAAGGAAGGCGGCUUUCAAGUACAGCUCCGAGCAGUUCCGAUGGGCUGUUCGCGAGACCGCCUCCCUGCUCUCGCGAAGCAGCAGUGGAUCGGUGGAGGCCCUGCAGCACUAUCGCCAGGAGCUGCACGAUCUGUGCGUUUCGCGCUACCUCAGCCUGAGUCGCGAGGUGGGCAAGGUGGACGAGACGCUUUCGUGGCUGUUGCAGUCGUCGUUUGCAUCCCACCAUGCGUGGAUCAGCAUUGCGUCGCAGCUGGGCGAGGACGGAGACGACAAGCUGGUUCGCAGGAUCUUUGGUAAGCUACUCCAGACGCAGCCGGACCAGGUCGAGAUCUGGACAGCCUACCUGCGCUAUCUGGCGGUGGACGAUAUGACUGCGGCGUUGAAGACGCUGGAAUCGUGCAAGACGACGGUGGGAAAGGCCGAGUACAAGCUCGUCGAGAGAGAGUGGCAUUCCAUCUGCCAGGAUCUCGAAAAGACCGCCCAGAACGAUGUCAAUGGCGCUGCUGACACUGCCGAGUCCGACGAAGAGUAG